UUUAUACGUAUAAGAAAAAAGAAAUACAAUAUAUUAUUUACCUACAAGAUAUGACUUCAACAUAAUAAAAAACAUCCUCUUUAUCUGACAGUAGAAAUCAAAAAUACGUGGAAGUGUGUUUAGUGACGAAAUUGAUAUUUAAUAUUUUUAAUUGUAUUAUAUUUGAUACGUGAAAUGUCUAAAUUAACUGAAUGGCUUACCUAUACUAGUGUACCUUUAGGUGUUUGGUUAGCAGUAAUUACUGGAUAUAUUAAGUUUUCUUAUGCUACAGAAUGGCAAGAAAUAUUUUUAUUCUUACCUCUUAUCACUUUAUUAGUAUUCGGUUUGUAUGCAACCAGUGUCGUCUUAUACAGAACAUUUACAUUCAAUGAUUGCGACAAGGAAGCAGCUGAACUCAAAAGAGAAAUAGAAGAAGCUAAAAAAGAUUUGCAAAAAAAAGGUAUUUUAUCGUGAACAUAGUGCAUAUAUUUUGAUACUCCGUUGUUAUUAAGCAUACACUAUGAAUAUAUAUAUAUAUAUAUAUAUAUUUAUAUAUUAUACACAAGUUUUCAAUGAACUAUCUAAGAUUCUUCUAUGAUGUACAUUUUAACUAUUUAAGUGAUUUAUUGUUCUAAUUCAUUAUUUGUAAAUGCAUCUCUUUAAUGCACAAUUUGUGCAUUUAUUUGUAUUUGUUGUUCUAUGUAACUAUUACAUGACCAAGAACAAGAAAAGAUACUUUAACUCAUCUAAUAUGAUUAAAGUAACAUCUGUAUAUAAUUAUAUUUUUCUUUUUAAUAAAUGAAGAUACAUUUAUUUAGAGAUUGUUCGUUUCCUUUUUAAUAUUACAAACAUAUUGAAAAUGGUGGAAAGAAUCAAAGUUCUGCUGCUUCAAAGUGUUUCUAGAUUUAACAACAAAAAAUAUAUAAAAUCAUCCAAUAAAUUGGAUUCCAAUGCUAUUUUUUUUCUUUUUUUUUUUUAUAAUAUUUACUAAAUUUAUUCGAGAUAAGAUAAUUGCUUUUAUCUUCUUACUUGCUGAUGAAUUGAAAA